GUCGUGCGACAGCAAACGAGCAACAUGGUGGUGUCUCUGAAUGGAUUACUGUUGACUAGUAAUUACAAGGCGGUUACUGUAAAUAACGCGGUGCUGUAAUUCAUAUACAGUUGGAUCUAUGUGCAAAGGGUUGUCGUGAAGCUGUUUUUCGUACUCUGUCACGUGAUAUGAAAAGACCGUGAUUUUGUAGUUCAGCAGCCCCCUGCCUGGUGGAUGGUUGAUAGUUGCUAAUGGGUGUGAGCAGGCUGGAUGUUAUUUACAGAAAGUGUCUCCUCACCAAACUGUUUAUCCAAGGAUGGGGGAAGCCAGAUGAUUUGAAAAGGAUAUUUGAGUUUAGGAAAUUAAUUGGGAACCGAGAGACAUGCAAGAAUUUAGUUACAAGGGACUAUCCACUAUUCAUUGAUAAGAUACAAGAGCAAACGGACUGUAAGAUCCUAGAUGGGCAUUUCAUUUCUCCUUUGGUACACUUUCUUCCUGGCAUCUUGCCUGCAGAAUCUGUCAAAGCCAGGUUUCAAUUUAUAGUGCCUAAAGAAUGGAGGCGAAAUUACCGACCAGUAUGCAUUCAUCUUGCAGGCACUGGAGACCACUUUUUUUGGAGAAGACGCACAUUAAUGGCUCGUCCAAUGAUAAAAGAGACCGGUAUGGCAUCAUUGUUGCUAGAAAACCCUUAUUAUGGAUACAGAAAACCAAAGGACCAAGUGCGGUCAAGUUUAAAAAAUGUCUCAGACCUGUUUGUGAUGGGAGCAGCUCUGGUCUUGGAGUCUGCUGCUCUUCUGCACUGGCUGGAGAGGGAAGGGUACUGGCCCUUGGGAAUGACAGGCAUAUCCAUGGGUGGACAUAUGGCUUCAUUAGCUGUUACAAACUGGCCUAAGCCAAUACCUCUGAUUCCAUGUUUAUCCUGGUCAACAGCUUCAAGUGUAUUCACAACGGGUGUUUUAAGUAAAUCGAUAAACUGGAGAGAGCUAGAAAAACAGUAUGCCACACAUACAGUAUACGAAGAAGAAAUCAUUAGAAUGCUUGAAUAUUGUGGAACUGAUUCAUUUAAAAUGGGUCAAGACUUUGUAAAGAACUCUCCCACCAGCUUUGGCAAUCUCCAGAAUUUGGACAUCUCCUCUGACAUACUUGACUUUGGUGGGACAGGAACAGGACAGAUGUUGGGGACAGACAGUGCACAUCAGCUCCACACCCACAAGACCACCAUGCGUGCCUCGGGAGCUCAGAAAGUGCGGGGUGUGGAUGAGACGCUGUCUGCUGUAAGCAGCAGCAGCGCCCAUCUAGACAUGCUGAACACGAGUGCUUUUUCAAGGGAGCGCAACAGAAGAUCACCGCAUCAGCAAGAGUCAUUGAACUUCAUGAAGGGUGUCAUGGAUGAAUGUACACACAUAGCCAACUUUUCAGUUCCAGUUGACCCUAGCCUGGUCAUUGUGGUACAGGCCAAGGAAGAUGCCUACAUCCCAAGAACUGGAGUGCGCAGCCUUCAGGAAAUCUGGCCAGGUUGUGAAGUCAGGUUCCUGAACGGGGGACAUAUCAGUGCCUACCUCUUCAAACAAGGGUUGUUCAGGCAAGCUAUCUAUGAUGCCUUUGACCGCUUUAUUCAGAAGUAUUCAGCCAAGACACAUGGUUUACCUUGACUGCGGCUUUUCCCAGCCACACAGCCACACAGCCACACAGACACACACACACACACACACACACACACACACACACACACACACAAAAGAACAAAUUCAUAAAAGAAUACAGAUUUUUUGGACAUCUGUCAAAAGAUAAUGGGUGGUACAAAAUUGUAGAUGGCUACAAACACAACAAUGUAUUAAUGUAAUGAAAGAAUGUUUUAAAAAAAUUAUGCAUUUAAAAUCCCAAAUCAAGUUUUCACAUCCAGUCCUAUCCAGCAUGUGUGGGAGGACCUGCUGGUCGAUUUGCUCUUCAAACAUACGGAUUAGAUCUCUUUGAACAAUGAGGUGUAAUUCUGAGAACUGGCCUUCAGUGCCUGCACUGUUUGCAAGAAACACAUUGCUGUGUCUCUUGUGUCUGUAUCGCAUUCAUAUAUGUUUCUCAUAAUGGAUUGUAAAUCCGCUGGAAAUUUAUUUUGCCUCUUUAACUCGGUAGUGUUCACCAGGAGAAAGAUCAUUUCUCUUAUGAUUACCAUAGUGUAUCCAGAUCAUGCCUCCUCUUUGCAGCAAUGCUGGCUUUCUGUUCUCACAAGUCAUUCAAUUCAGUCAGAGCACCAGCACUAUUGCAGGAGAGCGCAUGAUCUUGAUACACAAUGAUACUUAUAAGAGAAAUUAUCUUUCUCCUGCUGAACGCUCUGGAGUAAAAGUAAAGAACUGAGUAGGAACUGUUCGAGACAAAACUGUGUAGGAGUGAUAUGAACCUUAUCUGGUAGAAAAUGGAUUUCAGUAAGAAUGCCUUUGAAGAAACCAUUUUGGAGGAAGCAUACAUUAUAUUCCCUUUGUUUCACUCCAAUAUGUGUUUUAUUUAGUUUUAUUUUUUUAAUGCAUUUUUAAAAUAUAUUUUUCUGCAUUUAAACAGUAUUCGGUUACGAAAACCAUUGUAGCCAUUCAAUUAACCCUUAGAUGCCUGAUACUCUACUGGCUUAAAAAAAUAAAAAGGCCACUUUAUUAUCAUUUGUUUAUUUAGCAGACGUCUUUAUCCAAGGUGAUUUACAGAGACUAGGGUGUGUGAACUAUGCAUCAGCUGCAGAGUCACUUACAACUACAUCUCACCCGAAAGACGGAGCACAAGGAGGUUAAGUGACUUGCUCAGGGUCACACAAUGAGUUAGUGGCUGAGGUGGGAUUUGAACCGGGGACCUCCGGGUUAUAAGCCCAUUUCUUUAACCACUGGACCACACAGCCACUUUAUACCGGUUAAUUGUAAUUGCUGCCGUUCUAAAAUGAAUACGGCUUCUUCAUACCGCCUAUUGGGUAUCCCCUUGUUCUUAAUCCUGUACCUGAAAUAUAACCAUUAAAGAGUAAUUAGCGGGGUUCUGAAAAAUAUAGUGUUAUACAUCCCCAUGUGUUGCUUCAACCGUUUAAAUAACAUACCUGUCAUUUUUCAUUGUUAAUAUCCUGAAAACAUUUUACACUUCUAACUUUGAAGUCUGUUUCAAAGCUCUUUUCAAAAUGGCCGCUUAGUGCAUUGGGGUUUGAGAUUUGUCCUCUAAAUCAAUGCAGGGAGAGAGAUUUAAAAAAAAAUAAGAGAGGCCUGGCUUUUCUUUUCUGUUCCACAUCAUGGAUCAUUAUUGCUGUGUUACCUGUUUGACUUUAUUUGAAUGAGAACCUUUAUUUUUUUUUUUUUACUUUAUUGCUUACUACUCUUGGAGAUAAAAAACGAUACUUGAUUUGUAAUUUAGUUGAGUUGGGCUGCUUUUGUUGUGGGUGUCCAUUUAAGGCUGUGGAUUGGAGUGCUCCUGAGAUACAGCUGUACAUAUUGUAAGAUGUAUGCAGCUAAGGUGAGGAAUAGUACUUCCUGAAGUGCCAGUAAUGCUAUUUAAAGGGUUACUGGACAUCUGUAUUAUGUUAUAAUACAUUCAUUGCAAACUCUUGCAAAGUCUCUUCUCUGUGCAGUCUGCUUUACCUAUAGGGAUGGGCUGCUUAUAUGUAUGCAAUUUCAAUACCUCUUACCUCAGAAACCAUUUGACACACAGGUGUUGAUAUUUGUAGGGUAUGUAAACACCUGAAGUAGAAAUUGCAAGGGCGCACAACCUACCUGGUAUGACUUCCAUAUUGCAGUCAUGUAACUUCUUGGUCUUCUGACUUUUUGGUUUUUGGAUCAUGGAGACCAAGUCCUAUAGCACUGUACUGACAGUAGAUUGACUGAUUUGGUAUAAGCUUUAAAUAUCAAGUUUAAAGUCCUAGGGGGCACAGAAGGUGAAUGCACAGGGGAUGCUUUGUUCAUUUUCAUAAACACACAAAUGUCUAGUUUUGUUUUAAAAAAAAAAACAAACAAAAAAAAAAAAAAAACUAACAAACAAACAAAUGUUUUAUUACAAACGAAACCUGUGUUUGAUGCUAUUUCUAUGUUGCAGUUCUCAUUAGUCAGGGCUGAUACUGAAUUUUCUUAGGGGUAUUGAGAGGAAUUGUGGAUUAAAUACUUUUACACUUUACACUUUUGUUACAGUAAUAAAUACUGUAACAAUUUUCAGUAUGGAUUACUUUAUUCUUGAUUACUUUUUUAGGUUGCAUUUCUGAAUAUUCUCUCUUCCAGUCACUUUCAAAUCAUGUUAUCCUCCAAUAACACAACACGGUACAGUUUUGAUAAACAAGCGCUUGUCACUGAAUCAAAUGAAAGAUUUGGUUACAGUGAGACUCAGAUCUACCCUACCUAAUGCAUUACAUGUCAACACCCAACAAACAGUGCGCAUUAAUACAGAGGUUAAAUAUUUUCAUAGAAAGGAUCAAAGGAUACUGCACAGGAAGUAACAUUAUAUUGCAUUUAAAUUUUUAUUUAAAUUUGAGCUAAUUACCAAUGCCAAUUUAUUUGUUAACUUUUGUAGGUGAUAACUGCAAUACAACAGCAUGGAGUCCCAUCUAGUUUUGAGUUUCUUAAAGAUCACUAAAAAUAGGGUGGAUACUGAGGGGUUUACAGUAUUGUUUCUGUUUCACUAAGCACAUUUUCCAUUGUACCCAUUUCUAUAAGAAACAACCCUCCAACGUGCACAGUGAGUAAACAUGAAAAUGUCAGGUUAUGAUGCCAACCGUUUUAUUAUAAUAAAACAAAAAACAAACAAGUGUUUUGUCAGUGGAUUACUUGUCACCCAACUAAAUAAUUAAAAAGUGAAUGAUAUCCAGAAGUUAAUUGUGAAGUUUUCAUGGUUCAUAUACUAAAUCAGUAAAUGGUAGAUGUUUAGCAAAACAUUUAAACUGUCCUUGAUUUCUACUUUUCAAAACCUGUAAUGCAAUACAUGACCAAGCCACAUAAUAAACGUAAUUCCAUUGCUCCCUGUUUAUUUUGUAUAUUUUGUGGUUUUCAGGAAGCACAGAAGUAAUGAUCAGUGUGUUUUUUUUCUUUAAUUUUCACUCAUCACCUUAUUGUUCAAUCUAAAAUGGAACCACAUACUUACUGAUGUGUACAUCUACUUUUCCAAUAAAUUGUUAAAUAAA